AUGCAAUUUGCUAAUUGCAAGCAACAGAAUAUCUUUAUUAUUAAUAUUGUUAAAGAUAAAUUCAUGAGUGAUAAAGGUAGCAGAAGUAGUAAAGUUGGUAAAGAUGAUAAAGGCAGUAAAGAUCAUCCUAAAAUACCUAGAGAUAUGUUUGUUAUACUAUUACAGGAUAAAUUACAGGAUGCAAAUCCUGGAUAA